GUGAUGAGCUUCAUUUUCAUGAAACGUUAAUUGAAGCAUCAUCAUUCUUAUUUGAAAUAAGAAUUAAAAAUGAUCAGCAUUUGGUUUCUUAUGAAAGUUACACUUUCCAUUCUGGUCCCAUUGUGGCUGUAUUUUUGGCUGAAUAAAACUGCAAAAAGAAAGUGUUCGACAGGGUCGUGUUCAAAAUGUGUAAUUCCUAGUAUCAAUUUCUUACUGAAACAUUGGUGGGCGGAAUGCUGUCUCAAAAUGCGAAAGAAAAAAGAAACGAAGUCGACUAAGAAUAAAAACAAUCAGCUAGAAAAUUCAAGAAUAAAAGACAAAGAUAGUAGCGACAGCAUGCUUUUUUACGGUGCAGAUCAACACGGGAAUUCUCUACAUAUAAAAUUCUCUUACAGAGGCUUUAAAAAAGUAGAAGCGUCGUUGCACCUUACAACGUCUGACAACCGUCUAUACGUUUUGCCUGUGUAUCCAGAUACUGCUUUGGUCAGCAGUUUCAAUCAAGUAUGGACAGCAGCAGGUCUUAAAAUUGAACCAUUAAAAUCCCAAGAACGUUGGAGAAUAGUCUACAACGGUAUGCUUAGGAACAUUGCCCACGGUGAUGAAUGCAGUGACGAAAAUAUUGAACAUGUUCGUUUGAACUUCCUAUUUAUUGCAAAUUCGAAACCAUUAAAAUGGCCAGAAGAUUGGAGCCCUAAAUUGCACGCUGACGCGCUAGCUCAUGAACAGUGGAAGAGUCCAGAGUGGAUAAACAAAAUAAAACAAUUGGAUCAUACAGGCGCUGAUUAUUUUGGAUCUUUGUUAGGUCAAAUAAAAUAUAAUGACGGAGCUAUUUCUACCGUGUAUUUGCGAGGGCUUCACCAGCAUCGUUGGGGACAACAUGAGUCUCAAGAGUUCAAUGAAUCUGUUACAUUGUUCGGCGUGAUGUUGCAUGGAGCCUUGUACUAUCUGAAUACGAGCAGUACGAAACACAGUUUUCCAGAGAUACGGUGUGGACAAUUUAGACACAGUAGUGAAGAGAUACACAUAAUGGACAGUAUGGGACUCGAAUUAUCUGAUUUCAUGCAAAAAGAAUUUACGGGGAACUCGAAACACAGAACGUGGUUCAGAGCUGAAGGUAAAGAUUAUGAUAUUUCUGUGAAGUGCACUGAUUCAGUAACCGUGUAUUAUGGACAACCAUGGAACUGGUUAAACACGAUUAUUCCAGUGGAAUUGGAACUCAAUGGAAAACCAGGUGUUGGACUGCUGCAGUUAUGUCAUUCGUAUAACGGGCUAUACAAGGGAAAAGCACCUCCUAAAUUGCAAUAUUUAAAACAACCAUAUGUACACGUGGAAAGAAGCGAUUAUGUUGUACGUUUUGACGACGGAAAAUGUCAAAACGAAAAUAUUGUCGGCGGAAAAGGAUUCUCACUUGCAGUGUUAACUUCAAUUAAAGACGGUGAUUUCAUUGUGCCAAAAGGAUUUUGCGUUACAGUGUUCGCUUUGGAGCUGCAAUUACAUACACAUACAGAAUUGCAGAAUGUUAUCAAAGAUAUUGAGCGCGUUAGCGUUGGUAAAAAAGAGGGUGAUCUACAACAGUAUUGUGAAAAGGCGAAACAGAUUAUUCAGUCGACUCCUGUAGUCGACGAAGUAAAAGGAGCCAUUUUGAAAGCAAUGAAUGACUUAGAAUCGGAAAGUGGCAGUGGUAUAUUAAAUAGAUACGCAGUAAGGUCUAGUGCCGUUGGUGAAGAUAGCGAAGAAACAUCGGCAGCUGGUCAAAAUGCAACGUUUUUGGCUAUUCAAGGGGUGGACAAUAUAAUUAAGAACGUAGCCAUGUGUUGGGCAAGUUUGUUCUCGUAUCAAAGUGUCAAAUAUAGAAAACAUCACGGCAUGUUUAUAAAAGCGUCUAUGGGAGUUUGUGUACAACAAAUGGUGAACGCUGAUACUGCUGGAGUAAUGUUUACCAGACAUCCAACUACCACAGAUCCCUCAAAUAUCGUUAUCACGGCUAAUUAUGGCCUAGGGGAGACCGUUGUGUCGGCCUCGGUUGAACCGGAUACGAUAAUUAUUCAUAAAAGUUGGAAUAACAAAUUGACUGUGAAAAGUUCGACGGCAGGGAAUAAACGGCAGAAAUUGCUGGCAAACGAAAAUGGAUUGGUCACAGUUGAUUUGAAUGAGCAGGAAAAUAAUGAAAUCUGCAUAUCAGAGACCAUCGCUCUCCGAUUAGCCGCUAUUGGGAUGAACUUAGAAACCCUGUUCAGCAGUGCUCGUGAUAUAGAAUGGGCAGUGAUCGGCGAAAAGAUUUACUUGCUUCAAGCACGACCUAUUACUACUCUGUACACGUGGACGGAAUUUGAGUUAAUGCACGAAUUAGACAAUGGCGUGCCAAGCGAUACCGAUAUACUAUCGUUCGCCAAUAUAGGCGAAGUAUGCCCAUACCCAAUAUCGCCUUUAAGUAUCUCUGCGUUUGAAAAGGCCUACAAUGAUAUAAUAAGUGCUACAUGGUUCUUUAAGGAUCGUUGCUUAUUUAAUAUCGUAGGCAUGAGAUACGCAUUGAACUACUAUAACAUGUUUUUAGCACAUCCUCGCAAACAUAUUACGUUUUUGAAUAAAGUUAUCGACGUGGCUGUUUCUGGGAAUGUUGUGUUAACGCCUGAAAUUCAUAAAAUUGCUCUUGAAAGAAACGGUGAACCUAGUUGGUCCUUUCAGAUGUUUCUAAUGUAUUCAAUGCUUAAAGAUGCAGUGCAGUGUACCGCUGUGGAAAAGGCUGCCAAACAAAAUUAUCAAGAUUUAACUCUGAACGCAGAAGACUUCCAUACCGCCUGCAGUUUAUAUAAUGAAAUUAAUAAACGGUUCACGCACUACACCAAAGCAUCGCAUUUUCAUAUGCACACAUCGAGAGUCGGUGUUACUUAUCAAAUUUUCGCAAUGACAAUCUUGACGAAGGGAUACGCAGACUUAAUACCUGAUCAUUUCUCAGACAUUGCUAUUUUACUAGGCUCUUGUAGUGAUAUCAUUAGCGGGCAGAUAGCGACGAGAUUCCAGAAAAUAGUGAAUUACGUUAAAAAGAGCAAAGUGGACAAAGAAUUUAAGGAACUCGAUCCUACGAAGUGUAUCGAUUGGUUGAAAGUUAACUGUCCACCAGCUGCGACGGAAUUUGAGAAUAUUCUUAAAGAGCAUGGGCACAGAUGCAUUCAAGAAACGGAUUUCUUUUAUGAACCUUGGUGCCUUCGUCCAGAGAAUCUUAUCACGACGCUUCAGACAAUGGUAACGUCUCCGGUAACGAGUACCAUGAAAAAGACAUUAAACGUGGAGGAAUCGGUGGCGUUACUGAAGACGCCGAAAUCAAAUUUGUCCAGGUUGAUUCUGAAGAAACUCGUACCUCUUUGUAGAACAGCUGUCGUUCGUAGAGAAUUGACGAAGGCGUUAUACGUAAGCAUUGUACACAAAUUCAGGUUAGCUUACAGAAGAUUGGGGAGGUUGAUGGUCCUAGAGGAAUAUCUACCUACUGAAGAUCUUAUAUUCUUUUUGACGAACGAAGAAAUCGGACGAGUAUUAAAUUAUCGCACUACUUCGCUUAACGAUUUGGGUGCAUCGGUGAUUGACGCUUCAGUAAAGGUUCAAGGAACACCGGUAUGCGGUGGCUCUGUCCUCAACAGAGCAUGUGUGAUCACGGAUCUAUUGGAAACUCACAAAAUACAACAUGGUGAUAUUUUAAUUACACGUGCUACGGACAUCGCUUGGAGCCCAUACUUUGCUUUGUUCAGUGGCAUAGUCACGGAAAUGGGUGGUCUUAUAAGUCAUGGAGCUGUUGUAGCUAGAGAAUAUGGUCUGCCUUGUAUAAUUAGCGCCAAGGGAGCCACGCAAAUGUUCCAGACAGGCGAUACUGUGUUACUGGUCGCAGACACCGGAGUUUUACAGCUGGUAAAGAAAUUUGACCAACAAGAAAACACAAAAACGUCCAAGUGA